GGUCCGGUCGCGUUUGCACCGCGAGAUCUCGCAGUCUGUAUCAACGUGUAUGAAGUGAGUAUCACAUCCAAGAUCGGUUUGGUGAGGUUCGAGUACAGAUGCGCGAUGGACUGCGAGAACAUCAUUACAUCCUCGGAGCAGGUCUAUGAAACACAAAGAAGAAACCAUAAAACAGAGGGCUUUUUUUCAAAAACAGAGGAUGAAGAAGUUUAAAAAAGUUGACCCACAGACAUCACCAAAUGAAAACAAUGCUGCCAAUGUGGACCUGCUGACAUUAUUCAUUGUCAAUCAGAUUGCAUCAAAGAAAAAGCACAAUGGCAAACCUAAAAUUAAUUUCUUUAAUGCAAAUGAGACCAAGCCAACUUUGAACGAGACCUUAGAGUUACCAAUGAGCCCAUGUUCUCCUUCAAACCUGGACCUUGUCACCAGUCAGCCACAAUACAGUGCCCAUGACAGUGACACAGUCGAUACACCUGGUUUCAAUAUCAGAAAACAUUGUGUUUCUAAAGAAUUUAAGUUCAAGCCGCUUUCACCAUUGCUUGAAUCUAACCUCAGUGGCUCAGAAAACCAACCUCACAUCCAAAACACCAUUAGCCCUUUUCCACCAACCAACGGCUCCUCAGAAUCAUUUCAACCUGGACCUGCAUCACAUGUCUCUUCCUCUCUACCAUGUAGAGAAAAUUCUGACCCCAACACCACAAAGUUUGAGCUGUUCUCCCAGCCAAUGACAUCGGCUAAUCCAUGGACAGACGUAUCGGAUGAUGCAAAUGGUUUGCAGAACAGCUCAGUGGCUGAUAUUCUAUUUGGGAUCACUUUACCAAACACAGACACAGCAGGGCAGUCGGCAUACUCGGGUUUGUAUCCAACCAGCCCUUUAAAGAGCAGUGAACAACUGGAAGAGCCACUGUUUAUAGAUUUCACCAACAAUGAUAAUAAAGAAAAUCCUUACGCUGAGAAAACAACCAACAUCUUUUUGGAAACGUCAUUUUCUUCCUCCACAAGAGUCCAAAGAAACAGUGAUGGAUCACAAAGCAUGGACCGUGAUGGCCACAUCCUAAUACAGAAUAAAGCAAAUGAUGGGAAUGGUGAAAAAAAUGGGCCAGCAAAGCAGGAUGCAGAGACGCAAACGGCAGAUGUUCCUGCUUUGUCCUGCUGUGAUGUCUCAGUACAGUGUUCACUUAUUCAGACAGGCCCCAUCAACUGCAACGCUUUUCCCACUGGUGAUUAUAAAACCAGCAGCUGUACCACUAGGCGGCAGUCUGUUCAUUUCAAUGAAAUGCCAUCUGGGGCAACAGCAACAAAAGAAAAGGCGCAGACACAUCCAAAGCAACGAAAGAACAGAAAAUAGGGCAACUGUUGGAAUGCAGAGUGAAAGAGAGGUGUGAGGACCAACGGUUGGAAAGUGUGACGCGAAACCCUGUCAAGGACGUCAGGCGUGCAGAAGAGAAUCUGUGAAAGUGAAGAACUUCGCAGCAGAAAAAGGUGCAAAUUGUGUCUCUAAGGAAACCGAGACAUAUGACGAAAUUGCUUACAUUUUGUUGACAUUGAAGUGAAAUGACAAAGGAUUUGUUAGAAAAGCAGCAAGAAAAUGAAAUCAGACACCCAGAGCUUAAAGCAGAUUAUAAUUCACUUGUUCUGUGCCUGUUGCACCAAAAACAGAAUCUUAUAAAAGCAUUGUUAUAUAUCAUCAUCUCUUUAUUAUAUUAUAUUUCCAGGUACAUAUUCAAGUUUCAAAGUUCAUAUAUUUACUUUUAUAGAAUAUAAAUCUAGCAAACAUUUACAGCAACAGUAAUCAAACACAAUAUUUGUCUCCACUAGUUUGUAUCAAUGGUAUAAACACUGCAUUACAUUUUCCACAUAUAAAAUACACUAAAAACAUUUGAUGUUCAUUGACGGUGACAAAGGGCUCUCCAUAUUGGAGCACCUUCCAAAUACAAUUUAAAAUUCAAAUACAUCUGGUACACAUGAAACUGCUCAAUAAAACUCUAAAUUACAUAAAAGACAAAUUCAUUUUUCUUCUCUGAUACUGUUUUGGAGAUGUGGUUAAUUUCUUAAAGCAAUAUUUCACCCAAAAAAUUAAAAUAUAUCAUUUACAAAUUGUCAUGCCCUCACAAACCUGUAUGAUUUUUGUCUUGCGUGGAAUACGUAAGAUGCUUUGAACAAUGUAUACAUGCUCUUUUUAAAACAAUGAAAUCAUAUAGUACAGUGACCCAGGGGUGUCAAAGACAAGAACCAUGAAGUACCAUAAACGAGUCUACUGUACAGUAGAUACCCCCAUGCACUACAUUCAAAGUCUCUUUAUCAUAUUAUAUCUAUAUUAAAAGCAAUACUAUAGCUAAUCUCUUAUAUAGCAUAUUCCUAUUUCCAAAUAUAUUGUCUGAUUUAAAUUUUAAUUCCUAUAGAUAGUUUUAGUUAAUAAUGUAUAAUAAUGUACAUUAUAAAAAGUUAAUAAUACUUACUUUAGGUAUGUUUCUCAUACGCAGCUAUCAUAUGGCUUCAAACUACUUAAAAAACAUUCAUUGUUCUGAAAAGAACAGCUUAUUAAACAUUCACUUGUGUGUUCCACGGCUGAAAAAAGUCAUACAGGUUUAGAGAGACCUGAAUAUAUAUAUAAUUGUCUUAGUUUACUUUGUGCUUUAGUCUCAUUCAAUAAAA